UGGGCAGGUCGACCGCGGGCCUACAUAAUUUACAGAAUUGUGGUGGGACUGGCUCUCCUGGGCUGGGUAUCAGGAGAUGUUGUGUAUGAGACCAACGAGUUCUAUAUGGGAGAGGCCUGGAGAUGGCUGGUGUUCGCCUCCAACUGGAGCUUCGCAAUUCUGGCAGUUUCUGCGGUGUUCCAAGCGGUCACCUGCACCAUAUAUGAAUACAAGCCAUACUGGAUAAUGG